UUGAAUGAUUUCACUGCGGUCGGCGCUCUGGGCGAGCUUCGCGGCGGCGGCGGCGGCGCGGCCAGAGGGACCCGCGGCGCGGCGGAUGGCAGCCCCGGCGGGCUCCCCCGGGUAGCAGCGGCAGCCGGGGCCGCGCGAUUGCCGUUUGGCCCGGUGGGUAGCCGGCGACCGCCCCCGUCGACAUGUCGGUGGCCGUGGAAGAGGAGGAGUACGCGCGGCUGGUGAUGGAGUCGGAGCCGGAGUGGCUGCGUAGCGAGGUCAGGCGGCUCUGCCAGGAGCUGGGAGAGACCACCCGGGAGAAGAUCCAGGCGGCGGAGUACGGGCUGGCUGUGCUGGAGGAGAAGCAGCAGCUGAAGCAACAGUACGAGGAGCUGGAGAUGGAGUACGAGACCGUCCGCGCCGAGAUGGAGCAGCUCAAGGAGAUCUCUACAGCUUGAUUCACUCCCCUGGAA